AUGUGUUGCAACUACUACAGAAACUCCUGUGGAGGCUGUGGAUAUGGCUCUGGCUGGAGUUCCGGCUGUGGAUAUGGUUGUGGCUAUGGCUGUGGAUAUGGCUCUGGCUGUAGAUAUGGCUCUGGCUAUGGAACUGGCUGUGGCUAUGGCUGUGGAUACGGCUCUGGCUGUGGAUAUGGCUGUGGAUAUGGCUCUGGAUAUGGAUUUGGCUCUCACUAUGGCUGCGGAUACAGCUCUAGCUGCUGUGGCUACCGACCACUUUGCUACAGAAGAUGCUAUUCCUCUUGCUACUAAUCAUCACUACAGAUCAUCCUUGGCUUUGCAAUGACCUCUCCAAGAUCAAGUUCAAUUGAAAUCUCCCCUACCCAUUAUCUUCACAUCUAAGUAAAGAUUGACUAUGGUCACCCGACUAUCUGAAUGCAUAUAAGAGAAGUUGUUGGCAGUGGAUGGAGACUGAGUAGUUUUAUCACAUCGCUGAAGAGAGGAGAUUUUAUUCUGAUCAAUUUUCUAGUGUAAUUUUCUAAUGUAAACUCUUAUAUCUUUUUCUGAGUCUUUGUGCCAUGACUAUUUGCUGAAACACAAGAGGA